AUGAAUUUAGUAAUGAAAGUAGUCCUAGGAAUAAGUGUUAUAGGUGCUGUGGCCAUGGCAGGAACACUACUAUCAAAAAGAUACUUUUUAGAAGAAAAAAGCAUGGUGCAGUGUAGUGAAGGCCUAGAUUUCCAAAAAUUGAAUUUGGCUAAUGACUCUAAUAAAGAUAAAGAAAAUGCUAAAGCAUCUGAAUCAGCGAUAGUGGAUGCGAUGGAACUAAUCCCCAACAUAUCAUUAGGUCAUAAUCCUUCUAACUAGGUGCUUCAACUAAAUGUUUUACGUUUAACCCUAAAGAAAUCAGUCCA